GACGCUUUAAAUUAAAAUACCGAAACAAACAGCAGUAUCUCUCCCGUACCCUGAUCAUCAUCUUCUCCAUUUCCAACUUCCUGUAUCAAAACAAUCAUCCCCAUCCCCCAUUCAUGGCAGAUUGGUCUCAACUCCCAAAAGACCUCCUCCACCUCAUCUCCCAAAAACUCAACUCCCAUUUCUACCAACUCCGCUUCCGCUCCGUCUGUUCCUCAUGGCGCUCCUCCAUCCCCCAAAAUCACCACCACCACCUCAAUCUCCCUCCCAAAUUCCCAUCUCCCUCCAACAACGAUGAUUCCAAUGAUUCCACCUUCCCUCUCUCCAAACGUACCCUCUUCCUCAUCUCCCCUCCCCCAAAUCACCAAACCCCACAACCAUGGUUAAUCAAAAUCGGCCCCGACUCACGUGACCUAACCCGCCUCUGGCACCCUCUCUCACGUGACAAACAACUCCCUAUCCAUUUCCCUAACUCCAUCGAUUUCAACCACCUCCCUAUCCUCGAUCUCGGUUGCGAAUUCGUCAUCGGUAACUUCCCUUCCCAAUCCUCCUCUCUCCCUCUCAACAACACCUCACUCUACAUGGAGAAGGUUGUUGUAUUUGAUGCUGACACGUGGCAGAUCGGAAAAGGACGCUGUUCGGUUCUUCUCACUAUUCACAUUUCCGGAAAACUCGCUGUAUUCCGAUGCAGUGAUGAACGGCAUGAUGAGAAUUCUGAUGAGAAUUGUGAUGAGAAAUGUGAUGAGAAGUGGAUGAUAAUUCCUGAUAUGCUGACGCCUUAUGAUGAUGUAUGUGUUUACAAAGGGAGGCCUGUUGCGGUUGAUUGUACCGGUCGGGCGGUUGUCGUGGGACCGGAUUUGAGUGUGGAGAUGGUGGCGGAGCCGGUGUUUGGUGGAGAUAAGAAAUUCUUGGUGGAGAGUAAGGGUGAAUUGUUGUUAGUUGAUAAAUAUUUGUCUUGUCUUGUGAUGAAUUGUUUGAGGGAUGAUGGUAAUGGUGAUGGUGAUGGUGAGUUUUAUGAGAUUGGAAGGGAGAGAGCGGUGAAAUUUGAUGUGUUUAGGCUUGAUGAGAAGGAGAAGAAGUGGGUGGAGGUGAAGAGUUUGGAGGAUAGGGUUUUGUUUUUGGGGGAGGAUUGUGCUUUUUCUGCUUCGGCUAUGGAUUUGCGGAUUGGAUAUGGGAAUUGUGUGAUAUUUAGGGAUGAUGUGUAUAGAGAUUCUGGAUCGAGUGAGCUUGGGGUUGGUGUUUUUCAGUUGGGUCAGUUUAGGAUUGCGCCGUUGUCUUGUUUUCCGUGUUAUUCUAUGUUUUUCUGGCCUCCUCCGGAAUGGGUCGGGCUGCAUUGACAAUAACAGGUUGGAUUGAAAGGUUUGGAAGUUGAAACUGAUGAAUUGUGCUGGAAAUAAUCGACACUUAUUGGUUAGUGCUGUUGCAGAUUUAGUUCUAUGAAAUGCAAAAUGAUAUUAUCAUUACUAUUUUCAUGUUAAUGUUGUUGACAUUUGAUUUGUUUCUGUUGAUAGGUUGGAUUAGUUUUUCAAUAAGUACUUGUAGAAAAAUAAAUGCUAAAAUGUUCUUAUAAUGAUGUUUCUGGGUCGUUGUAUAAAUUGUAAUUGUCUUCUUUAUUUCAACUUUAUCAAAAGAUCUCUUAUAGUCUUAUCUAACUUGUUUGUAAGCAUAGAAAAGCAUCAUGCGUUUUACCUUUGUAUAGAUUUUAUUUUGUUGUUCAAAGUGAAAUGAGUUUGGUUUAUUCUGAAUAAGAAUCAACCAUCUGCUGUAACAUGCCUUUUGGUAUAGUGCUGAUUAUUUAUGCUCUUCAUGUUGUUUGGGUAAAUCACAUAGGUUACCAUUUCCUUUUUCACACACUGCUUAUAAAGCAUCACUUGAACUGAUGUGUAGAGCCUUAUGGGUUUGUGCUCCCUUACCUCCACAAGUUUCACUUACUUCGUUACCUUUGUUAAUGCAUUUACACAUUUCCCUCUAUUUUGACCAUAUUGUAACCACUAAAGCCAAUUCAGGUCUUGAGUGUUUGUUUGUUAGGUAUUUAACACCCACAAAGGCUACAAGUUCCUAACUCUAAAUUGCCUCCUUUACAUCUCAUAAUAUUUUUUUUUUUAGUGAAGAUAUGUUUCUAUAGAAUGUACUUUUUCGCCUCCGUCACCUCAUCCUCCCAACUUUUUUCUUCUAUUCAAGCUUAAACUUCAAUCCCAUCCCUACUGUUUCUUCUCUAUAUCAACGUAGCACUAAUCAACAAUUUAGCCUAUCCACUCUCAGUUUCAUCCGACCCUCAACCACCUAUUCCUACUUCCCCUCUAUCUACAUCUGUUCAACCAACACUUGUACGAGUCUGUAUGAUGCAGAAUCUGUAUGAGUCGUUCUAAAAUUGAGUGAAGAAGGGAGAUAAAUACAGAAAGUAGUUUUGAGGUAUUGGUAGGAACAUUGAAAUUCAUGGAUCAAAAGCAGCUCAAUGGAAUCAUUCUGAACGGAUUGAAGGAAAGGUAAGGGUUGAACUUAAGUAUUGGGUCCAUUUACAUUCCUCUCGGUGCGUAGCGCAACUGAUAGAUUUUUCACACAUGAUUGACAAAAAGAGUUUGGAGGAGAAGAGAAUUGCAGGGAGGGUUGCAAGGGGGACUCUCUUACAUGAUUAAAAAUACAGGGGGACACUUCAUUCCCUUGCAAGUCUGCUGUAUACCCCCUUGCAUUGAGAUCAUUAUUGUUAACCUAUAUUAUUGAUACUGAACCUUUUUAGUGGAAAGGGUUUUUAACUAUGUAGCACCUAAAAAGAUGUCGGUGUUGGCCACCGAUUGACACUUGUGAUUACGUUUAAUUUAUAUGUUUUUUAAAUUAUUAUCGGUGUCGCGCUGUCAGUGUUGGAGUUGUGUUCAGGUGUCUGGGUUUGUGUUUGAUAGGUUUUUAAAAGGUUUUAGUUAAAAGUAAUUAUGAGAUUUUGCAAUUCAAUCAAGGCCCGUGAAAUGCAUAUGACUGUCAAGUACUAGUCACAUUUCAAUCGCUGCAAUUACUUUAUCAGCUAUUAUCACUUUUUGUUAGCAUUGUUGUUUUGCUUUGAUCUUAGGCUGUUUCAAUAUUUUCUUUUCUUUGGGUUGUUUGCUAAAAACAUGUUUUUAUCUCUUUUUCAUGAGAAGGGUGAUUUAUGAUUUAUUUUGACUUAGAAUCAUCUAUUGAAUAUUUAUGUGCCUUACGAUUAACUCACAACUUUAAAAACAUUAAAAAAA